AUGGCCUCUUUGGGGAUUCCUGGGUUCAAAAUCUCCUGGUUUGUGGCUCUGGCAAUGAUGAUAGGGAUGAGGACCAAUAUGGCUCUUCAUACAGACCCUCCAGAACAUUUCCUGCUGCAGCAAGAACAGGAGCAUCGCUACACUAGUGGCACCCAGCAGGUGAGGUACCUGGACAACUUCAACUGGGACCGGCAGGAGAUCUGUUCCUACAACAGCGAGCUGGUUUGUUCUGUAACAAGGUUUUAUUCUUCUGAAAUUAAGAUAAAGUGGUUUAAAACUGGGCAGGAGGAUGUGGACAAUGUUGUGUAUGAGGACCACUUCCUAAAUGGAAUCUCUCCCGAUGCUGGUCACUUUGGAAGUCACACCGAAGCAAGGGAUGUCUGUGCUUGUCAGGUGGAGCACGUCAGCCUGCCAGUGCUCAUCACCGUGGCCUGGG